CAGCAUGACUACAGCCUGGAGCAUGUGUGCCUUUCUCACUCUACUGUCAGCACUGUGCUGCUGCUGCUGCUCAGCGGUGCGGAGGCCUGCGCGGGCCCAUGCUGAGGAGAAGCUGCUGAAGACUCUAUUUGUGCGCUACAACAAGUUCUCGCGGCCCGUGGCCAACACGACCGACGUGGUGCUCGUGCACUUUGGCCUCUCCAUCGCUCAGCUGAUUGAUGUGGAUGAGAAGAAUCAAAUGAUGACCACCAACGUCUGGGUGAAACAAGAAUGGAAUGAUUACAAGCUCCGCUGGAAUCCUGACGAGUACGAAAAUGUCACAUCCAUCCGCAUCCCUUCCGAAAUCAUCUGGAGGCCCGACAUCGUGCUGUAUAACAAUGCUGACGGAGACUUUGCAGUCACUCAUCUGACGAAAGCUCAACUUUUCUACGACGGGCGGAUCAAGUGGAUGCCACCGGCCAUCUACAAGAGCUCCUGCAGCAUCGACGUCACCUUCUUCCCCUUCGACCAGCAGAACUGCAAGAUGAAGUUCGGCUCGUGGACGUAUGACAGGGCCAAGAUCGACCUGAUCAGCAUGGCCAGCAACGUGGACCAGAUGGACUACUGGGAGAGCGGGGAGUGGAUCAUCGUCAACGCCGUGGGCCAGUACAACAGCAAGAAGUAUGAGUGCUGCACAGAAAUCUACCCUGACAUCACGUACUCCUUCAUCAUCCGCCGGCUGCCGCUGUUCUACACCAUCAACCUCAUCAUCCCCUGCCUGCUCAUCUCCUGCCUGACCGUGCUAGUCUUCUACCUGCCGUCGGACUGCGGCGAGAAGAUCACGCUGUGCAUCUCCGUGCUGCUGUCCCUCACUGUCUUCCUGCUGCUCAUCACCGAGAUCAUCCCGUCCACCUCCCUCGUCAUCCCGCUCAUCGGCGAGUACUUGCUCUUCACCAUGAUCUUUGUCACGCUGUCCAUCAUCAUCACCGUCUUCGUGCUCAACGUGCACCACCGCUCGCCGCGCACGCACGGCAUGCCCCACUGGGUGCGCUGGGUGUUCCUCGACUUUGUGCCUCGUUACCUCUUCAUGAAGCGCCCGCCCACCACCGGCAAGCAGAACUGCCGCAAGCUGAUUGAAAUGAUGCACCAAAACGCCAACGUCUCCCAGUCCGUGUGGCAGGUCCAGGCCUUUUUGGCCAACCACCUCAACACCACCACCACCACCGCUGCCACCCCAGAGACUCUGGAGCACUGCCCAGCCUCGCACCACCUGCUGGAGCCACCAAACAGCACGCAACAAACCAACAGCUCCCAGCCACGAGGUGUCUUCCAGAGGUCGUCGUCCAGCCAGUACUCGAUUCUCCACGAGGAGCUUCACCAGCUGGGCCUCACCCUACCAGCCUCCUCUAGCUCGCCCUCCUCCUCCGCCUCCACCCUGCCCCCCGCUUUCGGCCCACUGCUCCACCAACUGCCCCACAUGCACCACCGGGAGACACACGGUUGGGCACUACCCUCCAAGGCCCACUCGAUGCACCAAAUGUUCGGGGAAGGAGGGAGGGAGGCCCAAGCUAAGAGACCUACGAGACACUACCACUCCUGUAGCUUCCAGUACAACAGCCUGGAUGCUGAGAGCUUGGCUGCGGAGAGGAAGGGGACAGUGGAGUGCAGAGCGGGUGAAGGAGGUCUGUUUCAUCACCACCAGCUGCACUGUAAUUCCAGUGUGGCACAUUCCGGCUCGCAGAAACAGGAGGCCCAGCCAACGGCUACCCUGAACCUGGUCACCCCAAUCUCCCCAUCCAUGAAGGAGGCCAUAGAGGGAGUGCAGUACAUCGCUGACCACCUGCGGGCAGGGGACGCUGACUUCUCAGUGAGAGAAGACUGGAAAUAUGUAGCCAUGGUUAUCGACCGCAUUUUCCUCUGGAUGUUUAUCAUGGUAUGCAUCCUGGGAACCGUUGGACUAUUUCUACCGCCUUGGCUGGCCGGAAUGAUCUAGAAUAUUAGACAGAUGGCUAAAUGAAUGAACUAAAUGGGCCUUGUAAUUUGUUUAUUUUUGGGGGACAAAUUAAGUUAUGGGAAAGGUCGCACAUUAUAUAUCUCCCUUGAAUAUUGACUAUGAAAUUAUCCAUUUUUUGAUGUAAAAGCAAAGGUAUCUGGAAGACCUUUCUGAGUAGAAUGUCAGACAGAUUAUGUUGAGGUGAGGUACUACACACAAGUUUCGGACCUCUAUGGUGAGGCUAACAUGACUAUAUCCUCUG